AUGCCCCAUCAAGUUAUCAAAUAUCUCAAUGCUGCCCCAAACCCUGGCAAGGUCUGGGAACAGUGGAAGAGGAUUGCAAUAGCUUCGCUAGAUCAAGCAGCAACAAGAUACCGCAUCGAACGAGACAUCAUCUCCAAAGAUGCAUCUCAUGCUGCACUAAACACAUACCGCGACUGCGUGUCUCAGGCACAUUGCUUUAAUAAAGACCCGGCUUUUGACUUUCAAGUCCAGAAUACCGAGACGUCUUCCAGUGUCCACUCAACCCAUCACUCCGACAGCAAGUUUCCACGCCCAUUGGGGUGUAUCAUGGGUGCUGACAGUUCUACAGAACCACCUCCAAUUGUAAAUCCUGACAGUCAACGAGAGCUGCUGAACACGAUUGACAAGCGUCUAACAUGA